CUCUCUUGGAAUUUGGAAGAUGGACAGCCCGACGAGGAGCGAGCAGGAAGCGCUGUACGACGACGCCAUGUCGCCGACCUCGUCCUUGGCGCAUGACGACUACAUGAUGGACGACGAUGUCAUCUUCGACGAGGAUGAGGAUGAUGCCGCCCACGCCCAUGGCACGUCGUCGCCGACGGCGCUGGGCGGCGAGCUCUCGUGGCUGCGUCGGCUCGAGAAGGAGAUGGACGAGAAGCUUGUGCUGGAAGCCAACAAGGUCAACGAGAGCCUCCAGCAGCGAAGGGCCGAGGACGAAGAGAUGCAAAAGUCGCUGGCGACCUUCACAACGACCGCGCGGCUGUCGUCGGCGUCGGCGCUCACGCAGUCGGGCGCGUCGAGCGCGGGCACGACCGCCGACUCCAAAGACGCGCCCAUGGACGAGUGGAAGGAAGCGUAUACGGCCGAUGGGAAGAAGUACUACUACAACCGGCGAACGCGCGAGUCGUCGUGGACCUGCCCCGACGACGUGAUCCUUGUCAAGACCGAGCCUCGCAUCCCACUGACGUCCCACGAGGCGGCACCCGAGGCCAACGAUAGCAUGUGUGACGAAGCGACGCCACAGUCCACGUCGAGUGCGUCAUUCUUGAGCACCAAGAACUGCAUGUACUGCAUGUUUUGCGGUCAGUCGGCUCCAGCGUGGAAGCUGCUCUCGCACAUGCAAACGUGCGCGGUGCUAGCGCACCACAAAAGCGGGCAGACGGCCGUCUUCAAGGAGGCAACCGACGUCGUCACCGAGCUCUUCCCCAAACAGGGUACCGACGCCAUGACGCAGACAACCGCCAAUCGGUCGGCGCACUAUGCAGCCACGAUCUCCACCGCCGACGCCGAACAGAUCAAAUCGCAGCUCGUUUUGCUCAAGCAACGCCGGCGCCGGCAGUCGUUGCUUCGUGUCGAGGCUGACGACAAGCCCACGGUGGUGCCCACCAUCGACCACGACCACGCACUGACAAAGCUCAAGCGCUACUCAGAGCCGCCGCCGACACGCCAGAAUCUGACCGAGCAGUGUCGCUACUGCAGUCGAACGUUCGCCGAGGGACGACUGGCCAAGCACGAAGCCUGCUGCCAACGCGUCUUUGGCGGCGAGAACGCGUGGAACCACACGAUCGCACCACCCUCCGUGGUGCGCCGGGCGUCCGAGAAGGACCCGCCCAAGGUGCGCAAGCCAAAACACGGUCCGUCCGGCGCGUAUCACGACUACCAGUCGACGUUCGUGGUGUGUCCAAGCUGCCAGCGCAAGUUUGCGCCGUCGGGCGCGCAGCAGCACAUUGACAUUUGCAAAAGCGUAGAAAACAAACCCAAAAAGUGGAUUAAGCCCGGGUUUGCAGUCGCGGGCUAAGAACUUACUCCCUUUCAUCUCCCA